GCCCGGGAUGCAACUAUAUAAACAAAAUAAAACUUGUGUAGGUAGACUUCGGUGUGAACAUCUUCGGCGCCUUCAUCGAUACCUCGUUGUUAGCGAACAUGAUGCUUGGUGAACGAUUGUUGGCCAGUUUGGCCAUUAUUUCUUCCGUGUUGGCGCAGGGGUCUGGCAUCAAGGAGCUCUCGCAGGUUGUCAUCUUCACUCCACCUUCUACUUAUACGGAUCCUAGGGUUCUAUAUGCGCGUACGGCUCAGCUUCCCAACGAUGACAUCUUAGCAACAUGGGAAAACUACAGCCCGGAGCCACCCGCAGUCUACUUUCCCGUCUACAAGUCCACCGACAAGGGAGCUACGUGGACAGCGCUGUCUAAUGUUACCGAUCAGUCUUACGGGUAUGGUCUCAGAUACCAGCCUUUUCUCUAUGUGUUACCGGAGGAUUUCGCAGGAUAUAAGAAGGGGGACGUACUACUGGCCGGCUCAUCGAUCCCGACGAAUCUCUCGAGCACUCACCUCGAGCUCUACGGGUCUAAGGAUAGUGGAGAGACCUGGGAGUUUCUCAGUCACGUCGCUGCUGGGGGCCAGGCUUCACCGAAUAACGGCCUGACUCCUGUGUGGGAGCCGUUCUUGUUGCUUCACAAUGGCAAACUUAUCUACUACUACUCUGAUCAGCGAGACCCGGCUCACGGCCAGAAGAUUGUCCAUCAGACUAGUACAGACCUCAUUAACUGGGGAGACGUGGUGGACGAUGUAGCAUAUCCUACAUACAGUCAGCGGCCUGGCAUGCCUACCCUAGCAUUGCUUCCAAAUGGCCAGUAUAUCUACACUUACGAAUACGGCGGUGGUCCGAAUCCCGCAAAUUCAGGAACAUUCCCCGUCUACUACCGUCUCUCCAGCGAUCCGGAGUCAUUCAACAGCGCCACUCACCACGUACUUCAAACCACCGACGGCACUGUUCCUACUGGCUCGCCAUAUGUUGUUUGGUCAUCAGCCGGCGGAGUAAACGGAACCAUCAUUGUGUCUUCAGGUUGCUGCUCUGAGAUUUAUAUCAACGAGGCACUAGGAGCUGAAGGCGCGUGGAAGAAAGUGUCGACGCCCGAAGGAGUCUCUUAUACAAGAUCUUUACACGUAUUCCAAGAAGAUCAAAGUCAACUCCUAAUUGCAGGAGGAGGGCAUUUACCCCCAAGCACGACGAAUAAAGUCACUCUCAGCGUCAUGAAGGUUCCAUCAUGAUCCGUCGUUAGAAUAUGUCUCCCGAUAGAAGUUCAUUAAAUGGAAAAGCUAUUCAUAUAUCUCGCUAAUACUCCUUUGUUAUGUCACGGGUGUGUAAAUGUUCCAUCAGUUAUGUUAUGCCCCCGACCUAUAUAUAUACAUGGCUACAGCUUUAGCCCGUAUGUUAUUUC